AUGCUGUUUUUAGAUAUCGUUGAUGGAGUGAUCGCAAUAAGAGAAGGGAACCUAGCAAUAGGAAUUCUGAAAAUGUUUGAAGAAGAACAUAUUGUUCUUGAAGGGGCUGGCGCAAUCGGACCAGCAGCAUUGCUUUCUGGAAACAUUGAAGGUCUGUCGGGAAAGCGAGUCGUUUGCAUACUGUCAGGUGGUAACAUUGAUAGCAGCUUGAUGGGACGGACCAUAGAGAAAGGUUUGGCUAUUGACGACCGCUUAAUUCAAGUUAUAGUGACAGUUCCUGAUAUGGUUGGUGGCUUUGCUGAGCUAUUCGAGAUAUUCGCGGAGAAUGGGUCUUCAAUAGUGGAGUUUUUAACGGUGAGCCCGACUGCGCAUUCGCAGUAG